GAGUGUGUGCAAACAGGUAGUUUGUGUGUGGAGCUCGAGGAGACGUGGACGAUGUAAAAGGCGACGAAUUUGGGAUGUUUGAGAUAGUUAAGGUAGCAUGCUGAGUGCUGUUUGCAAAAACCCACGCUCAAUUUCACGCAUGUAAACGAGAUUAUCGACCCAGUACAACACAAUCGGCUGGAAUGGCGACGAAUAGAGGCUAUUCUUCUACGACGUUACUUAGCAAAUAUGUGAGGAGUUAAUUUGGUGCUGUUUUGGUUUCGGGCAAGCUUAGCAACAUGGAUGGCCGUGUCGACCAUGAAGUGGACAUACCGAACGGUGAUGCGACCACGCCGCCAGCGCAGGGAGACGAUAACGGUCAAGCUGCUGGUCAAGAGGGUCUCAACCAUCUCCAGCCAACUCAAACAGGUCUCUCCUACUACCUCUCUUUCUUUACCGGGACAGUGCGACCUCUCAGUGACUGGGUCUAUGAUAAACCCUUACCCGUCCGAUUCCCCAUAGCAUGCGCCAGGGCACUGGGACAACCCAUCUUCGUGAACAACCCAUUCAGUGGAAUUCUCAUACUGGCCGGACUAUUUGUGCAGAGUCCCUGGCGGACUAUUUGCGGACUCUUGGCCAUGUUGACCGCCCAGACGACGGGUCUAGUCCUGCAUCUAGAUCGGGAUGGAAUGGACAAUGGAGCAUUCUCCUUCAAUGGUCUCCUGGUUGGGUACGUGUUGGCAUCCAGUUCGGCUGCAGGGGAUUGGUACGGGUACCUGGUGUUUCCCGUAGUCAUAUGUGGCAUGUUAAGCACACUCCUGAGCAGCGCCCUCUCCGUUCUGCUCUCCAAAUGGGGAAUCCCCUCCUUCAACCUGGCGUUCAACGUUGUUGCUGUCUCCUUCAUAGCAGCCACCGGUCCGCACAACCCUCACUUCCCCCAGCAGGGAGGGGGACCUAGCCCGGCAGCAUGGGGAGUCGAAGCAUUGGAUUGGCUUCAGGUACUAGCCAGCAUCCCACGAGGUAUAGCCCAGUGUUAUGGCAGUGAUAGUCUCAUCACGGGUUGUUUAAUGAGUCUUGGUAUGCUGGUAUGUUCCCCCAUCGUCUUCAGUCACUGCUUGUUAGGCUCAAUACUGGGCGCUUUAACGGGUCUGGCUCUUGCAGCUACCCCAGCAGACAUCUAUAACGGAAGCUGGGGAUAUAAUUCGGCUCUCACAUGUGGGGCGAUAGGGGGCGUCUUCUAUGUAUUGAAUUGGUCGUCACAUUUGAUGGCACUUAUUUCUGCCAUCUUCGCAGCUAUGGUGAGAGGGGCAAUGGCCCGAUUUUUCGCUGCUGCCCAGGUCCCCGUGGUAGCCUUCCCCUUCUGCAUUGUAGCUGCUCUCUUCUUAUUGGUGGACAGCAACACCAAACAGCUUCUGCGCGUGCCCGGUGACCGCAUGACCUACCCGGAAGAACAUCGUAAACUUUUCAAGUCGACCACUGUUGGAGUGACGAACGUACAACCCGAUCAAGACCCGACGUAGCUCAAGAAAAAGAAACAUUCUGAACGACAAUCAGUGUUUGUUUUGUAUAACCUUGAACACACAAACUAUGAAUAAUUUGAUAAAGGAUUGCUCUUGCAUGGUGAAUGUAGUUUCUUUUUAAGGACGACUUCAUGCAACACUAAUCUUCACAUGGAGAAUGACGUCAACGAAGAAUUUGAAUGCUAACGAGGUCAAUUUUCAGGGCAUUGGAAAUGCUGGGCAUUUCUUCUUUAUUUUGUUUAAAACAAAAAUUAUAUCUGCUUAUCCUGGCAUACGGAAUAAUAAUCAAACUACUCUGAUCUUAUACUUCUAAUUUACGAAUUAUACAUUGGACCUGGGUUCAUGAUUACACACUUACAAUUAUUACUCAAUUAUGAGCAGGAUAAUUAAUUUUAAUAUACUGACCAAGUGUCAAGUAACUUUUGUUUGUAUAAAAUCGAAACUUUAUUUCCGCGGAGAAUAAUUUCAAUGACUAAGCGCGCCUCUGGAUGAUAUGAACUGAAAUAUUAAUACGUCUGAUUAUGAAACGUUUCGUGUCAAAUGCCGAUUUCUUUUUUUAUAUCGAACUUCGCAAUUAUUUUUUGAGGCCCUUGUAAGAAAGGCUGUUAUCAUGAUUGCAACUGACAAACCAUUUUGUUGUUAUUGUAGUUGUUAAAUUGUCCUCUUCUCUAUGGUGUAUCGUUUUACAUUUGUC